AUGUCCAGCAGGCAGAAGAAAGUUAUUUUUGGAGUGGCUGGCUUGUUCAGCUUCGCUUGUGCCCUGGGCGUUCUAGCAGCCACAGGCAUGCAGUCGUGGAUUAAAGGAACAAUAUUCUGCCAAACCGGAGCCCUGCUUGUCAAUGCUUCAGGACAAGAACUGGAGAAGUUUAUUGGUGAAAUUCAGUAUGGGCUCUUCUCAGGCGAGCGAGUCCGUCAGUGCGGGUUAGGAGGGAGACCUUUUCAGUUUUCAUUCUUCCCCGAUUUGCUCAAAGUUAUCCCUUUAAGUAUCCACGUCAGCGUCAUUCUCUUUUCUAUAAUCCUCACUGUGUUUACCAUGGUGGCCACAGCCUUUUUCUUGUUCAACGCAUUUGGCAAGCCCUAUGAAACUCUACACGGCCCUACAGGACUGUAUUUUUGGAGCUUCAUUUCCUGUACCUGUGGUUGCCUCGUCAUGGUCCUCUUUGCCUCUGAAGUGAAAAUCCACCGUCUCUCGGAGAAGAUUGCCAAUUAUAAAGAAGGAACUUAUAUCUACCUGACUCACAGUGAAAACUAUGCCGGCUCAUUUUGGGUCAUCUUCAUUUGCUCUUUCGUACACUUUCUGAAUGGGUUUUUAAUCCGGCUUGCUGGAUUCCGGUUCCCUUUUGCUAAAUCUAAAGAUUCAGCGACAACUGGAGCAGUGGACCUAAUGUACUAG